CAAAAUGUUUCUACUAGAAAUGGAUUGAGUAAAGAAAGCAAUUCAAAUGAGUGUCUCCAGAAUAGUGGCUUUGAAUACACCAUUUGCUUUCUGCCUCCUCUUGUGCUGAACUUUGAACUGCCACCAGAUUAUCCAUCCUCCUCCCCACCUUCAUUCACACUUAGUGGCAAAUGGCUGUCACCAACUCAGCUAUCUGCCCUAUGCAAGCACUUAGACAACCUAUGGGAAGAACACCGUGGCAGCGUGGUCCUGUUUGCCUGGAUGCAGUUUCUUAAGGAAGAGACCCUAGCAUACCUGAAUAUUGUCUCUCCUUUUGAACUUAAGAUGGGUUCUCAGAAAAAAGUGCAGAGAAGGAUGGCUCAAGCCUCUCCCAAAACAGAGCUAGAUUUUGGAGGAGCUGCUGGAUCUGAUGUAGACCAAGAGGAAGUUGUGGACGAGAGAGCCGUGCAGGAUGUGGAAUCAUUGUCAAGUCUGAUCCAGGAAAUCUUGGACUUUGAUCAAGCUCAGCAGAUAAAAUGCUUUAAUAGUAAAUUGUUCCUGUGCAAUAUCUGUUUCUGUGAGAAGCUGGGUAGCGAAUGCAUGUACUUCUUGGAGUGCAGGCAUGUGUACUGCAAAGCCUGUCUGAAGGACUACUUUGAAAUCCAGAUCAGAGACGGCCAGGUUCAGUGCCUCAACUGCCCAGAACCAAAGUGCCCUUCAGUGGCCACGCCUGGUCAGGUCAAAGAGCUAGUGGAAGCAGAGUUAUUUGCCCGUUAUGACCGCCUUCUCCUCCAGUCCACCUUGGACCUGAUGGCGGAUGUGGUGUACUGCCCCCGCCCCUGCUGCCAGCUGCCUGUCAUGCAGGAGCCUGGCUGCACCAUGGGCAUCUGCUCCAGCUGCAACUUUGCCUUCUGCACCCUGUGCAGAUUGACCUACCAUGGGGUCUCCCCGUGUAAGGUGACUGCAGAGAAAUUAAUAGACUUACGAAAUGAGUACCUGCAAGCAGAUGAAGCCAAUAAAAGAUUUUUGGAACAGAGGUAUGGUAAGAGGGUAAUUCAGAAGGCACUGGAAGAGAUGGAAAGUAAGGAGUGGCUAGAAAAGAACUCGAAGAGCUGCCCGUGUUGUGGGACUCCCAUAGAGAAAUUAGACGGCUGUAACAAGAUGACAUGUACUGGCUGUAUGCAGUACUUCUGCUGGAUUUGCAUGGGUUCUCUCUCUAGAGCAAACCCUUACAAACAUUUCACUGAUCCUGCUUCCCCGUGUUUUAACCGGUUGUUUCAUGCUGUGGAUGUUAAUGGAGAUAUUUGGGAAGAUGAGGUUGAAGACUAGUUAACUCCUGCUCAAGAUAUGGAAGUGGAAUGGUUUGCCCUAAUCUUUUGUCACGAACACAGAGUAACCCUGAAGAAUAUUUAGGGUACCAUUCAUUCUUCCUGUGUAGACGCUAUGGAAGAACCAGGUUUAUAUUUUCAUGUGGUACUACUGAUUAAGGCACAUUCUUACAUAUUUAAGUGUAACAUAAAUUGAGAAAAAUUAUAAGCCAAAGGUUCAGAAAACGAAAGCUACAGAAUAUUAAAUAUUAUAAUGUGCCCAAA